AAUAAAUGGUAACGACUCCACAAACAUGUGUACAUUGAUAAACGUUAGAUUAUAUUGUGUCAUGUUCAUCAUAUGAUCAAACUUCUCUAUAGGACAAAAUGAAUUACCUUCUGCUGACAAUAUUUGUAUAUAGAUGCUGCACAUUGCUAUCGAUAUCAGAAGCUGAGUGUUUCAAUUGCAAAGGCGACGGAAAGUGCAUUAAUCCAAAUCUCAGGUGCGAUGGUAAAAAUGACUGUCUAGAUGGUUCCGACGAAGAACAGACUAUGUGUAGAGCCCAUGCCUGCGAUUUUGGAUUUGAAAAAUGUGAAGACGGUCUGCAGUGUUAUUCAAAAGGCCCUAAUUUUUGUGAUGGGAUAAUUGAUUGUAAUGACGGUUCAGAUGAACCUGCAGCAGAUAUAUGUAAAGCUAGGAGCUGUUCAUAUAUGAAUAUCAAAUGCAAGGAUGAUAUGCAAUGUGUAUAUUUCGAUCAUCUUUGUGAUGGAAAGGAGGAAUGUAACGAUAAAUCAGAUGAAGAUCCAGAAUUCUGCAAAGCACAUGAUUGCGAUUUUGAAUUCAAAACAUGCAAGGACGGUCUACAGUGCUACUCCGAAGCUCGUCAUUGUGAUGGGCACAUCGACUGUAAGGACGGUACGGAUGAACCCGCAGCAGAAAUAUGCAGAGCUAGAGAAUGUCCAUAUGAGACUACUAAAUGCAUGGAUAAUAUGCAAUGUAUACAUUUCGAUCGGCUUUGUGAUGGAAAGGAGGAAUGCUACGAUAAAUCAGAUGAAGAUCCAACAUUCUGCAACGCGACGAAAUGUCUGGAAGACGACGUCAAAUGUCGGAAUGGUCUUCAAUGUGUUCUUCGCGGGUACUUGUGUAACGGAGACAAUGAUUGUCGUGAUCAAUCGGACGAAGAUGAAAACUUUUGCAAAGCGAACAAAUGUCUGGAAGGAUAUAUAAAAUGUAAGGAUGAUCAACAAUGUUUUCAUGCCAGUGACUUGUGUGAUGGAUACAUUAGUUGUCGUGAUAACUCCGAUGAGGAUCCGAACUUUUGCAAAGCAACCAAAUGUGUCGAACAAUAUGCAAAAUGCAAGGAUACUCUUCAAUGUGUACAUAUUUGGUUCCUGUGUGAUGGAGUCUAUCAAUGUCAUGAUCAUUCUGAUGAGGAUGCGGAUGCUUGCACAGUUUUGAGAAGAUCUAUUUUUAAUGUUCUGGAUUACCACAAAGCAGAGUGAAUAUUGGAAAAAAAAAGAAAAUGAAGACAUCUUUAUGAUAGGUGCUGAAACCUUGAAAUUUGCUGCACAUCUUUCUCAUUUCUUAGAUUUCUUUUUUUUUAUAUUAUAUACCGUAAAUACAAUAUCAAUACAUAAAAUGGUUACCCAUACAAAAUCAAUAGUUAUAUAUUAUGAUAGCAUGUUUUGCAUGUUUUGUCCGAUUUAUACUUUUGAUUUAUAAUUUUCCGUGCGACUUCUGAUUUUAAAGCGUAGUCUGUUUGUUCUGUGAUCUCUCUGCUGCUCGGAAUAAGGU